CCCUUCAUGAUUGACUCGUCGAAGUUCGACAUCGUCGAGGCGGGCCUCAAGUGGUGCCAGGGCAAGUGCAUCGUGAACUCGAUCUCGCUCAAGGUGGGCGAGGAGCUCUUCGUCAAGCACGCGACGCUGCUGCGUAAGCACGGCGCGGCGGUCGUCGUCAUGGCGUUCGACGAGUACGGCCAGGCGGCCACGAAGGAGGACAAGGUGCGCAUCUGCAAGCGGUCCUACGACAUCCUCGUGAACGAGCCCGUGUGCUUCCCGCCGGAGGACAUCAUCUUCGACCCGAACAUCCUGACCAUCGGCACGGGCAUCGAGGAGCACAACGCCUACGGCAUCGACUUCAUCACCGCGGUGCGCCAGAUCAAGGAGAUCUGCCCCUGGUGCAAGAUCUCCGGCGGCGUGUCGAACCUGAGCUUCGGCUUCCGCGGCGUCAACCAGAUCCGCGAGUCGAUCCACGCCGUGUUUUUGUACCACGCCGCGCGCCUCUCGGGCAUGGACAUGGGCAUCGUCAACGCGGCCGAGAUGUUCGCCUACGAGAAGGUGUCCGACGACUUGCUCGAGAUCUGCGAGGACGCCGUGCUCAACCGCACGAAGACGGCCACGGAGGACCUCACGGAGUGGUCCCAGUGGUUC